AAAACAGCAAUUCAAUUAUUAGAAAAAAUGCCUGGUAUCGAUUGGAAGAAUCUCCCUGAACGUGAAGAGGACAUUGACUUUAGUGAUAUUUACGAAAAGCAUCAAGUUACAGUCAAGAAUGAUUUUGAUAGUAUCAUUGUUGUCGAUGGUGCUCCUAUUGUUGAUGAAGCUAAAGAGGAAAAAUUAUUAACAGUCUUGACAAAGCUUUUCACAAAGGGUGCUGGUGAGAUUAAAGAAAACGGUAUUUGGAUGCCAAUGACUCCCAACGAUGAAGGCAAAAAGACCAGCUCUGGUUAUCUUUUCAUCGACUUUAAAUCAGCUGAAUCAGCCCAUGCAGCUGUUAAAAAUUUAGAUGGUCACAAAUUAAGUAAGACUGUUACCUUAUCUGUCAACAAGUUCACUGAUGUCGAAAAGUAUAGCGAUAUGAAUGAGGAAUAUGUUGAACCUGAGAUUGAGCCUUAUACACCCAGAGAACAUUUAAAGAGCUAUAUGAUGGAUCCUCAAGCUCGUGAUCAGUUUGUAAUGUAUAGAGGCGAUGAUGUUUCAAUUUUCUGGAACAGAAAGACAGAUACUCCUGAACAUGUUUAUUCUAGAACAAAUUGGACCGAGACUUAUGUUCAAUGGUCACCUAAAGGUACUUAUCUCUCUACAUUCCAUACUCAAGGUAUUGCACUUUGGGGUGGUCCAUCCUGGAAUAAAAUUGUUCGUUUUGUUCACCCUGGCGUCAAAUUGAUCGAUUUCUCUCCCAAUGAACGUUAUCUUGUCACUUGGUCAAACGAACCUAUUAGUUUAGCUAGAUUACCUGAAACGGGUCACCCUUAUAGUGACUAUGAUGAAGGUAAUCAAGUUGUUAUCUGGGAUAUUAAGACUGGUAACUUGCUUCGUUCAUUCCCUAUUACUCAAACUGCUGGUGAAGAGCAAAAGACAGUUCGCUGGCCAAUGUUUAAAUGGUCUGCUUCCGAAAAGUUUUUCGCUCGUGUUGUUCCUGGCCAACAAAUUUCUAUUUAUGAAGCCCCCUCCAUGGGUUUAGUAGGUAAAAAAUCGAUCAAGCUCCCUGGUGUUGUUGACUUUGAUUGGUCCCCUGCCAAGAGUGGUGAAAACAAUGAAAUCAAGGCUUAUCAAAAGGAAGAGGUGCUAGCUUACUGGACACCUGAAAUCGGUAAUCAACCUGCUCGUGUCUGUUUGAUGAGUGUCCCCUCUAAGGAAGUCAUUGCUACCAAGAACUUAUUCAAUGUAUCUGAAUGUAAAUUAUACUGGCAAAACCAAGGUCACUUCUUGGCUGUUAAGGUGGAUCGUCAUACAAAGACGAAAAAAUCUGUCUUCAGUAACAUUGAAAUCUUCCAUGUAAACCAAAAGAAUAUUCCCGUCGAAACAAUUGAAUUGAAGGAUCCUAUCAUUGCCCUCUCUUGGGAACCUUAUGGAGAUCGUUUUGCUGCUAUUACUACGAAUGAUCCCAACUUUGGUACUGCACCUGUUCAUGGUCAACCCGCUGCUACACUCAAGACAGAAGUGAAAUUCUUUUAUCUUGAUGAAUCCAAGAAAGCUAAUUCAGGUUUCAAGGUCAUGAAAACACUUGAAAAGGAGACUGCCAAUUAUCUCUUCUGGUCCCCUAAGGGUCACCAUAUCGUCUUGGCCACCUUACGUUCCUCUUCUGUCUAUGAUCUCAAAUUCUACGAUAUUGACUUUAAACCUCUUUCUACUGAUAAGAAGGAUGCAAAGGGCCCUGGCGCCAACAUCCAACUCUUAUCUACACAAGAACAUUAUGGCGUUAGUGAUGUAGAGUGGGAUCCUACAGGUCGUUAUGUCGUUACAGGCUCUAGCAUGUGGCGUCAAUCUGGAGAUCAUGGUUUCAGUAUCUGGGAUUUCAAGGGUCAACUUUUAUUCAAGCAAAAUAUUGAAAACUUUAAACAAUUCUUGUGGCGUCCUCGUCCCGCCAGCUUACUAUCUGCUGAACAAAAGAAGAAGAUCAAGAAGAACCUUCGUCAAUAUUCUAAACAAUUUGAUGAGGAAGAUCUCGCUAUGGGUGAUGCUAACGCUGCUAAACUUCUUGCUGAGCGUAGAAAGGCAAUUGAAGAAUGGUAUGCUUGGAGAAAGGCUACUGAAGCUAAACUCGAAGAAGAACGUAAGGCACUUGGAAAGGAAGUCAAGUUGGCAGAUGAAGGCAAAUCUGAAGUUGUUGAGGAAUGGGUUGAAGAAGUUAUUGAAGAAAAGGAAGAGAUUUUGGAUUAAUUCUUUUUUCCUUUUUUUUUUUUCCUUUUUAACAAAAUAAAUAAAUAAAUAAAAUGUAUACAUAUAAUUUUCACUCCCAUUCCCUCUUACAUUGAUAUUAGC